AGGAUUUCACCCCAGUUCCGUACAAGGCUCCACCACCUCCAAAACCAGAAAAAACGUUUCCUCCUUAUACUGGAUUUGGUUCCGAAGAGGAUUCUCUCAGCUCCUGUAUGAGUCUGCUUCCCAAGCCUCCGCAAAAAGAUUUCAAGAAAUUCAUGGAGAAAGACAGAAGUGCCAUGGAAAGUAACAUACUGCGCUUUCUUGCAAAACUUGUCACAGACAGUCCUGUUGACAAGGACCGUAAGUUCAUUAUUUCCUACUUCCUGAGUGAUGACACCAUUUCAGUUUUCGAACAGAUACAGCGAAAUACAGGGAUACUUGGUGGGAAGUUCUUGGAAAGAGGUCGCAUUAAGAAGCCUGGUCAGGAGCUCUUUAAGAGUGAGCCAUCUGAAUACUUCAAGGCUCAGAAUCUGUUUGUUGGAGCCAGAGUUUGUUUCCAUGGUCACAACUUUCUUUUGGUGGAUGCCGAUGAGUACACGUUCAACUACAUGGAGAAGCAUGCAAAUGAGUUCUCUGUGGCUGAUAUUGGUGUCAUCCUCAAGAAACUGAAAGAUGCAACUGAACCUCGUUCCCAAGAAAUCAGACAGAUGUUUGCAGCCACUGACCCUGAGCAUUCCAAGGUGAUUGAGUACGAUCCUUUCAGAAAUUUGAUAGUCAGUAUCGCUGAUGGAAUGUUUUCAGAACAUGAAAUUAUGACUCUCGGGCGCUAUUAUGGUGUGAGAGAUGAAUAUGAAAUGGACCUCCACUUCCUCCUUGCAGUGGCUCAAGAACAACUAAAGAAAAAAAGCUUUGAGAGUUUUGAACAACUGUCUGCAGUGUUUAUAUACAACGACCGUGAAAAAUGUGGAGUGCUACCCCAUGAGACGUGCAGGACUAUUUGCAAGUCCUUUAAGUUGCCACUGGCUGAUGAUGAUCUGCAAGCUUUACUGACCAUGUUUGAAGAUGACCAUAAGCAAGUGGAAUAUAAAAAGUUUGUGGAUGGAUUGAACUGGAGAGAGAAUCAAAUCCCUGCUUUCCAUAUAAUAAAAGUUCCUCUUAAGAAUGAAGAUGACUGGAGGAGACAACCAGCAUCCCUUCCUGUGAAAGGGAUCAAAUACUUACCUCUUCUGGAUGAUCUGUUUGGCAAGGAAGAAUAA